AUGAAAAUGUGGCCAAUGUCAUCCUCCUCCUUGCCCCUUGUGGGAAAACAUGCCACACAGGGUUUGACUCUCAGGUUUUUCUCACAUGCCUGUCAUUUGGCGGUGUAUAAAGCACAUGGAUCGAAUGCGACCUGGGAAUGGAUCGAGUCAGUUGCGCCGUGUGUCAAAGUUCUUCGACAGCUGUCAAAAAGUUUCAAUGACAUCCUCGGCGCCGAUCAAGGAAUGCGACACGCACCUGCAAACCUGGUUGACAACAUCCACACAUUGAUGGAAAGCCUCGACGAGAACAACGUAUACCGGAUUCAGAAAGGUCGGGUCCUCGAUGACAAUGACGAGCUCGUAAAAGAUGUCAUUGAAGUCGGCCUUCAAAAUCUUACAGAGGGAAACAAAAACCCACUUUCUGACUAUAACAAGGCCUUCCGAAACCUCCAGGCCCAACAAAGAAUGAAGCCUGUUAUCUCAGAACCAUCUAAGGAGAAUGGUCCUGCACCAGACCCAAACUUGGCCCCUCAGAUCUCCAGAACAGCCAUCCCACCACGACAGGAAAGCUUUCCAAGAUUUGGUAUGGGUAGGGAAGGCAUGUUUGACGUGGAGUUUGACGUGGAGUUUGACGUGGAGUUUGACGUGGAGUUUGACAUGGAGGAUGAUGCUGGUGAAACUAUCAACAGCUUGUUUGGAGAUCUUGAGGGUGACGAGGACGAACCUGGUUUUUCUACAACAGGUGCAGACGAUGUGGCACUCGACAUGGACUCCGAGUGGAAUUUUGGAACGCCAGACCAGUCGAAUGACGAGAGCGAGGAUGAUUCAGAUGAGAACGAUGAUGAAAUGAUGUAG